GCUCACAUUGGCCGCGCGACAGCACCUCCGGCACGAGCCGCUCGUCGUCUCGCGUUCGCGGCCGUCCACCCGGUGCGCACCGGACGAGACUCCUCGACAACAGUCGUCGUUCGCACGUCGUCACCGGCCGCCGCAGUCGUCAUGCGCACCGCAGCAGUUCCCGUAGCGCCGAGCCUGUUGCUGGCCACCGCCAUCGUCAUCACGGUGAUCGCAACGCAGGCCCGGGGCGGAAUCAUCUCGCUCAUACAGAACAACGUGCUGGGCUCGGCCGUGUUCCACAGGCAACAGUCGUGGCCGUUCGACCCGGCGGUGAGCGCACGUCGUGCCCCCGAGUUCAUAGCGCUGCACGGCGACAAAUCCGACAAGCUGAUCGAACGCAUCGGGCUGGGCUUGGACGGACGGCAACAGGAGCGCCGGCAGCAGCAGCUGACCAGGGAUUAUUUGUACGACCAGCAGCAGCAGCAGCAGAAAAACGUAGCCGGUGUCUACCAAUUGCAGCAGUCGCAGGCGUUUGAACUCCCGUCCGGUUUCGCGGGACGAUGACCGAGAAUCUUAUACGUUUUUCCCCAGGAUUUCGGAACCGUCCGUCCUGCCGCACCGUACCCGGGAAACGUUCGAAUGUAACAGAACAUCGCACCCUCUCAAACCACCUCGUAACUGUCGCUCACACCCGAGUUCGCGAAUUUCGUCGCAAAGUCGACGUAUCGUUUCGGUCCGUCGUGUUCGUAUGCGCUACGCCCUCGUACCGAUAUUAACGUUCCGCAGUUAUCCUGCCCAGUGAUGUACGUGUAUUGUACGACGUGUGUUUGCAAGUCCGUCAACGGUGUUAUUCUGUUGAGGUUUAAAGAUUGUCCGAAUGCCAUCUCGACACGAGAUAUUUCUCGUCCGAUUUAAUAUUGUGUACAUAUAUUUCAGAACAUUAAGUUUUUCUACGAAUUGUAAUUUUAGUUUUAGUUUUCUUAAUCGUACGUGGUUUUGAUGGUUUGCUUUUUGUCCUGGCUAUUUUUCUUUGCAAUAUUUAUUAAAGCGAAAAAUCAGAAAAAAUGUACAGUAAAUAAUAUUGGUAUUAAUAAAUAUUUAACGGUGUACGAUCAAAAAUGUUUUCAUUGUCAAGAGAACUUUUUCACGAAUUUGAAUAUAUACAGUAUAUAUAGUAUACAAUAACACCCGACCACGACACUUUACCCCAAAUUUAUUUUUAACUAGUUAUUUUAUAACAAUGAAUCGAGAAAAAUGUCAUUUUUUUUAAUUAAGUAUCUUUUUAACAGGAUUGUGUUAAAUGAAGGAGUUUGUUUUCAAGUAGAAUAAAAGCAGGUGGUCAUUGUUAUUAUCACUUGCCAUUAUACUUCAA